CUGCGCACCAGCUGCGGCCGUUCCGGGCGGCGGCGUGUCGCGGGGGAGGCGCGGGAGGUGGCGACAGCGAUGGCGGCGGUGCUGAGGCACGGCAGCUCCGCUGGACGCCCCCGCGCCUCCCCCCUGUGUGCCGUGCCCUUCGGGCCUGCGCCUGGAGACCCGCCUCAGCGGGACCGGGAGAGGGCCCGGAGGGCGGGAUGGCCGUGGGGUGUCCGGGCCGCGGCUCCUGCCUCUGGUCAUUGGUCGUUUCCACCGGCUUGCGCAGCUCUGCUGGAGGCGGCAGCCGGUGGGCCUGCGCGGUGUCCGGGGCGGCCUGUGGCAAACCAGGCAGCGCAGAAAGGCCGAGUGCAGAGAAUGGGGGUUGGGACCGGGGUUGGGGCUGUUCAGUUGUAUUUUGUUGUCUUUUUAAUCCUAUCCUAGAGGAAAACAAUGCAAAGCAUUUACUUUUGAAAUACUCCUACGUGAAAAAUUGCUCUGGAAAGGGCUGUAGCAGAUCCUGGUUUUUUCCAAAGGUUUGGUUUGAUUUCCAACCCCUGCCCCCAAGUUAAACUCGGAGCUGACAGCUAGAGACACCUCCAUAGCUAAGGCUUGGCUUAGAGCCGUGUCGAAGCCAGCCCGGUAACACUGCACGAUACCUCCUGAGUCCCCACCAUUGGCUUACAAACAUCAUGUUAGUUCCUAAAAGCUGGCUUAAAAAAGUUCCACGUGGUGGUAAUCGCACCCCUUUGUAUUCGUGCAAUAUCAUAUGGGUGAGUAUAGCUCAAUAAAUAUCCCUUAUUAAUAGACAUGUGGCCUCUGUAUUACAGCCUCAUAUGCUGUUCAGCUUUCCGGUGCCCGCUGGCUUCAUGGCUUCCAGAUGGUUACAGAUGUGUUAUGUCUCUUCUCCCCCGACAGCUCCAUCGGGAGGGUUUCAGGCUCCUCUCACUAGCAACUGCAGCUUGAGCCACCAUGUUUUAAGACUUGACCGGGAUCUUUGGACGGGCAAGACAGGGUCCUUCAUCUAAAACCCACCUGAAUGACUGACAGUUCUGCAAAGCAAAGAGCUCUUGGGGGGAGAUGGUGCUAAAUACAAGAGGUAGAUUCGGGUCGUAAUCAGAUCCACAGUUUCUAAGGGUUCUCUGUUGAGGGCUGAGGGUUUGGAUUGGCAUUUUGGAUGGGAAGGGAGGGAUGGGGAAUCCCUAAGAAUAGACGUGGUGCUAACUGAACAGGCAGAGAGGUAAUGCGUGACAGAAGAACUGUGGGCCAAAAGGGAAGCAGCGAGCUGAAGCUGCACCGGGCAGUCAGCCUGGUCUUUCACCUCUCUCUAUAAAAUUAAAACAGAAAUGUCUGAGCCUUUGCAGUUGUAAACAGACUCUGGGGGAGCUGCGUGUUUUCUUCAUCUUCUUAUAGCACCCCUGUUGUUUCCAUCCAUUUCAACUUUGUUACCCAACAGAAUAGCGUGUGCAAAGGAGGGAAGGUAGGUUGUUUGGGGAUUGGCGUCACGUUCUUCUGAGUUGCAUCUUCCUGUAGUCCUGUCAGCCAACAAGCCCUGGUUUUGGUGUAGACCAUAAGAAGGUGUUGCUAGAUAUUUUUCCACUUUCACCCCCAAGAGCUAAGGAGUGAUUUACCAAGAGGACAUGAUAAGACACGUGCACUGUAGAGGUGGGAUGUAAAUACAUUCUGAAUUUUUGCCUCUCUGCAGAGGUACUAACCAACCACUAGCUUCCCGUGCCCUUUGGCUGUUUGCAGAGCCAACGAAUAGCCUGAUUUGUAAAAAGCCUCAUGAAAACCAGCACCUAACAGGCCAGUGGGGUGUAGGUCGCAAUUCACAGCUGAAGUUUGCAAUUCAGAGCUGAAAAGAUAGAGGAUCAUCACUUCAUUUAUCUGGUCAGUGAAAAGUGACAAGACGUACAGCCUGUGCCUGCCUUGUAGCUUGUGGCCUGUAUUUCUCACGUCCUAAGGGACUACCAAACAAGUCUGCUUUUCCUUUUCACUGUCUCCACCUUAGCCCAAAUGACUUGGCUCAAGGCGGCUUUGCUCCCUAUUUGCCCUUGCAUAAGCUCUGUUGUCAUGACAUCACAAAGGUUUGAGUUCUCUUUGCUCCAUGGCAAUGCCUGAACUUUGUGGGGGGCCGGGUCGGGGGGCAGAGAGAACAAAUCUUGAGCUCAGGAGGGAGACCACAAGACCUGGAGAGGUGCUCAGGGAGCUGAAUGCUUACACAGGCCAGCCUUGGGAGUGGAACUGGUAACUUCUUGCAUUGUGGUUAUUUACUUACUUAUGUGUUUUACCACCCCCCGGUUGGGCUCCCGACUCGCCAGGCUUCUCCCUGCCCACUGGAGCUCAAUGACUGAACAUCCUGCUUGAACCGAGUGAUGGAACAGCUGAUAUUGCUUAUUACUCUCAACAGGGAUUGUACCUUAAUCUAUGGCAGGGUACUACCUCAGGUUAAACUACGGUUUAGACACAAGAACUUGUUUGACCCUGACACCUUGAGUACAGUGGCAAAGAAAGGUUUUUUUGUUUUUUGAAGAAGCCAAUUUUCAUCUAUUUGCUUGGAAGCUUGUUCCACUGGGAAUGGCAAGAAAUCUACCUGCAGCUUUCUUCAUCUAGGUUUGGCUCAACACACAAAAGAGAAGUGGAAAACUGCCUUCUCAAUGGAAGAUGACAGUGAACCUGAGCAGAACUCCUUUGCUAAUCUACCUGACGUCUGUCUGAGGCAUGUCUUCCAUUGCCUAGACGACAGGGACCGGUCUCGGGCUGCCUUGGUCUGUAAGAAAUGGAACUGGGCCAUGCACUCGGGAUCCCUCUGGAAAAGAAGAACCAUCACAUUCUAUAGCCGACCUUCAAGGGCACACACGUUGGAGAUUCAAAGUGCACUGUGGUACGUCAGGAAAUUUAGCAAGUAUUUGGAACACCUUGAGAUCAAGUUACCAAAUCCUUACAAUGCUGCCUUUGCCCAAAAAUUUCAAAUUACUAUGAGAGGUCUUCUUUCACACCUGGGUAAGUGCAACAGUCGCCUUGUAUCCCUGAGUAUCAAGUACCUGCAAUUUGACCACUCGAUCUGGAAAAAUGUGACCAAGACUUGGUUUAUUAAGAACUUAGCUACCUUCCUGAAAAGAAUGAGCAAACACCUUAAUUCUGUCAACUUAAAAGGAGCAAGAGUAACCUUGGAAGACGGCUGUGCGCUUCUGGAUUCUCUCAGCUGCUUGACAGGUAAAAGCUUUAUAUCUGAAAUCAAUAUUGAGGAUUUCUUCAGUCUCCACCUUCCUGUAUACAGCAGCACCUUGUUCCACCAAACUAUGUCCAAGUUCCACAGCCUGGUCAUCCUGACUUUCAAUUAUAGCUGCAUCUGUGAUGAACUGCUGGACAUCCUGCGGGAGCAUUGCGCUCAUUCCCUGUGCACCUUGAAUAUCAAAUGCCAUUUCCGUGAACCUCACAGGCACAUGGUCUGGGGAAUGUCGUGGGCAAAGCUGGCCAAGAGCGCCCCAAAACUGAUGGUGAACUUCUUCUUUGAAAGAGUCAUGAAGCAUGAUCACCUAGCUAGGAUCCUGCUGGCGGAGAUCCCAGUCAGGAGCAUCAGUCUACGGAGCUGCUAUUUCAGUGACCCAGACUGGACAGUGAGACCUACCCUCACCAACCUCCUCCCAGCCUACAGCCACGUUCUGCAGAAAUUAACACUUGAGUUUAACAAUGACCAUGAACUGCUGGACAAUGAGCUGCUACAACUCAUCUUAUCGUGCAAGAGGCUGUUAUUUCUGAAAGUCUGGGCAUUUCUAAGUGUCACCUUUAUGGAGAGGCUGCUACAACACCGCGCAGAAGGGAGAUGCAUUUUGACUACCAUAGAGCGUUAUAAGGAGCCUGAGAACCACAUGCAGAAAUGGGGCUUUCCAGCCUGCUUAGCCACGGACAGAAUGCUAUACAAGUUUAAUAACAAGCCCAAACAAUGCCAUGAGUCCUUCCUAGACUGGGAUUCCCUCUGCCACCUCUACCUCAAGCCAGGGAUCCUCGGUCACCUCCCAGGCCCAGUGCUUACAUCUGUGCUUGAAUUGAGGCACGUGGGAUGAAGCCCACUAAACCGCAUCUCAUUCUUUAGGGAUGCUUUGUUAAACUGGGGCCAGACCACAACUGUAGCUGCUGCAAACCAUGCUGCCACGCUACUUUGGAUGCUAGAUUCUGAGUUCAGUAGGUCCUCCCCAAUCUGUGUAGAUCCCAGGGAUGCAUCAGUUCUGGGGGUAAAAGGAACCCAAAAAUCCUUUGGCAGGAGAUGAUGUUUUCAGUCGGUUCGGAGUAAAAACAGAGUAAAACCUCAAGAAAUUUGGCUUCCUUAGAUUCCUCAUUAGUCACAGGGGCUUCUUGUUGUCAUGAGCUUUAAUGGGCUGAGCAUGUUCUGUGUACCUGAGAGAUGACUGUCAUUCGUGCGUACAGGUCAGGAUUUACACAGCCCAACGAGAGACCAGUGAGGAGGAUCAGCUGUUGUGCACUAUUUACAGGAAGUUCCAACACCUGAUUGACUCA